AUGGUUAGCCCCGAAUUGCCGGCCGUUAUCUCCGGUACUGGUUCGGAGCAGGUCGCUACAGGCCUGGAUAAGACUACUAUCAAAUUCUUUCUGGACCACGUAACCUCUCAACUAAAAGGCAUCAACCUUGCAAAUGUGAAGCAGACACUUCUCAACAAGGGGCAUAUCAGAGACGGACGAUGGGCCACCUUCAAGUCAGGUCCAGCCAAAUCUAAAGAUAACGAGGAAAUAUCUUCCACGCCUCUUACAGAUGUUAUAACGUAG